AUGCACAAGUCAGCGGCCUUAUCGCUAAGAGACGCACAGUUUGCGGAUAUGAACAUGUACUGCGACGUCACGGACAGGACACCCAUUGAAGCUGUUCAUAGUUGCAACAACGCUGAAUCAUUAAACAUCCUCAAUAAGCUUCUCGCCCGGGAAACCGAUACAGCCUUAUCUCAGAUUUUCGAGCAGCCUACAGGAAAAGACUGGAAGGAAUUGAACACACUGCAGACAAUCCUCUCCUUAUGCUCAACGGUUACUAUGGCCUUGCUCCUCGGACCAGAUACAGCCCCUGACCCGGUGCUCCACCACCAUUCGACGUCUUUUGGCGAAGCAAUUAUGAGCAGUUGUUAUCGACGAACGGGAUAUCCGCGCAUCCUGCGGCCAUUCGUGUGGCGCUUUUCGUCCGAAUGCCGAAAUCUGAGGAAACACUUCUCUCUCGUGAGAGAGAGACUUGUUCCUGAGGUUGCGCGCCGUGUCGCAGCUGCACGAGCGGCGGAUAAAACCAAGGACGUACGCCCAUCUUCAUUGUUGGACGCACUGAUCGCGGCGGCCUUCGACAACGGCAGCUUAAGCCCAGAUGACCAAGGCAGAAAUGAUGCAGCACAGGUACAGUUGCUGGCAGAUGAUCUCAUCUUCUACCAUUUCGAACUCUGUAAACCGACCGCAUUCAACAUCAUCUUCCAGCUGUAUGCCAUCAUGGACCACCCAGAGUACAAGGCUCCUCUCCGAGAGGAGGCACUCCAAGCCUUGAAGCUCACCAAUGGUGACUGGACCGUUGAAACUCUGAAGCACGCUCCCAAGUUAGAAAGCUUUACAAAGGAGACCUUUCGACUGUACGAUAUCUCCGGUUUUGUCAGCUUUCGCCGUGUCAUGAAACCUCUUACUCUAAACUCCAUCGGCCUGUCUCUUCGUCCCGGUACAAUCUUAUUGUCUCCAUGUCGGAAUGUCCAUUUGGAUCCCGAGAUCUAUGAAGACCCGACUACUUUCAAUGGCUACCGCUUCUACGACUCCAGCCGCGAGGUCUGCUCUCCACGCGUGGCAACCACCUCGCUCACGUUCUUGACAUUUUCUCAUGGAGCGGGCAGCUGUCCCGCGCGGGUUCUCGCUACUCAAAUUUGUCGGACGAUCUUCAUCAAGUUCCUGUUGCAGUACGACGUAGAACCUGUGCAGAAGGAGAUACUACCCUAUGGAUUCACCAGUGGUCCGGUCUAUAUGCCUAAUCCAUCAGUGAUGAUGAGAAUCCGGCCAAGAAGUGACGGGAAGUAG